AUGGCCAGCUACAUAAAGUCAAUGCCUGCGCUCGACAGGCUGUUCGCCUCGUUCAACAUCUUCAAAGCUCCCGCCAUGGUGCUGCCGCAGGUGAAAUCUCUGCACGAGUGCGUCGACUACCGCAAGGUCGUUGAGCCUUUCGUGCCGCAACUCUACGAGCUGCCCUUCCGCUUCUGGGAGAACAUUAGCAGCCUCGAGGGCAUAAAGUCCGUCUACGUGACGACGAACCCGCUGGUUUCUGGCUUCUUUCUUGCCCUGGUCUUUGGGCUUCUCACUCUGAUCGCGUCCGAGAUCAACCGCAACUACUCGCAGGUCGACCGCCUGUGGAGCAUCUUGCCGAACCUCUUUGUUGUCCACACCGCGAUAUGGGCUCGUCUGGCCGGUGUGCCGCAUGAUCGGGUGGACUUGAUUGCCGCAUUUACUACGAUCUGGAGUAUUCGACUGACGUACAACUACUGGAGGCGCGGCGGCUACAGCAUUGGCUCAGAAGACUACAGAUGGAACAUUGUCAAGGCGAAAACUCACCCAAUCCUGUGGUUCAUCUUCAAUCUUACCUUCAUCUCAUUCUUCCAGUGCAUUCUCCUGUUUCUCUUCUCUGGCGUUCCAACGUACGUCAUUUUACUGUCGUCCCAGUUGGAGCCUGGCAUUCAACCGGUCGAUCUGGUCUUUUUCGGUGUCGAGGUCCUUCUUGUCGUCAGCGAAUUCAUAAGCGACGGCCAGCAAUGGGCUUACCAAACCGCAAAGUACAGAUAUCAUGAUGAUGAUGAGCUCACUCGUGGAUACACGUCAGCUGAACUGGAACGGGGCUUCGUCGCCAAGGGUCUCUGGGCAUACAGCAGACACCCCAACUUCUUUGCCGAGCAGUCUAUCUGGUUCAUCCUCUACUCGUGGAGCUGCUUUGCCGCCAACACUCCGUACAGCUGGGCCGGCACCGGGGCUGUUCUCCUCGUUUUGCUCUUCCAGGGGUCCACCAAUCUCACUGAGAGAAUCACCGCCGGAAAAUACCCAGAGUACAAGGCAUACCAGAAGCACGUCGGCAUGUUCAUUCCCAAGACGCUGGCCCCUUACAGGACCCCCUCACCAAAAGUCAUCAGGUCGAGCGAUCUAGCUAGACGCGCGGAGCAGAAGCAAGUAGAGGCCAAGCAGAAGGACGUGGAGGCGAAGCAGAAGGCCAAGAGAAGAAGCAGGGUUGAAAAGGAUGAGUAUUAG